CAUGGACUCCUGUUGAUUUUUGUGACAGUUUUGCAGUCAAACUUUCCUAUUUUUUGGCGGAGUUACGGCGAAUAUUGUUAUGAUUUGAUGAUAGGGAUAAUCUAAAUUGAAUUUGUAAACAGUUGACGUCAACAAUCAUGAGGCCAAACAUUGAUUUUGGUGAAUGUUUGAAGGAUUCUCCUCGAUUUAGGGCCUCGUUAGAGGAUGCUGAGGAUGAUAUUGACAAAUUAGAAAUAAGACUAGAUAAGAUCGUGAAGCUGUGUCAUACCACUACAGAGUCUGGCAAAAUCUACAACAAUGCCAACAAAAAUUUGAUCAGGGGAAUCCAAGAUCUGGGUGACUACUUCAAGAGUGAUGAUUUGGUCUCGACUGUUCUUCAAAGAUUUGCACAGGUACUCACAGAGAUUCAUAAUUACAAUGCCAUUCUUCUGGAGCAGACGCAAAAAUCGUUGGGGAAAAAUAUCAACUCAUUCAUUAAAAGUGAUAUCAAGAAAGUCAAAGAAUCGAGGAAGCAUUUUGAGAAGAUCUCGGACGACAUGGACCAAGCCCUGAUCAAACACUCGUCAGUCCCCAAGUCGAAGUUACAGGAAUGUGAGGAGACCAAGAAUGUCCUCACGGCGAUGAGGUCAUGUUUCGCUCACACGUCUCUGGAUUACGUGUUCCAGAUCAACGUCCUCCAAUCCAAGAAGAGAUUCAAUGCACUGGAUACAAUGCUCGGCUAUGUGAAUGCUCAUAAAACGUUCUUCCACCAAGGUCAUGACCUCUAUCUUGACCAUGACCCUCAUCUCAAAUCAACAAAUAUGCAGUUGAAAGAGUUACAGGCACAGUCGGUCCAGACAGAGAAGGGAAUGGAAGAACGGCACCAUUUGGUUCAAGAUCGGGAUCUAAACCAGUCAGUCUCACACACGGUCAACGAUCAUGGCGAUAUCAAGAUGGAGGGUUACCUCUUCAAGAGGACCAGCAAUGCAUUCAAAACGUGGGUCAGACGGUGGUUCAUGAUCCAUGACAACCAACUAGUCUACAGGAAACGAACGAAGGAUACGUUGACGACAAUGGAGGACGAUCUCAGACUGUGUAAUGUCAAACCUGCUUACGAGGUUGACAAAAGGGCGUGCUUCGAAGUGGUCUCACCGACAAGAAGUCAUAUGCUACAGGCGGACUCAGAGAGCGAGUGCCAGGCAUGGAUUGAAGCAAUACAAGCAGGCGUCUCCAAGGCCUACAGGGACGCCUCCCACCAACCUAAUACAAAAGAAGAGGAGGACCGAUCACCACGCACCACUCCAGUCCAGAGUCCGAGCUCAGCUAGUCUCGAAACAGCCCCGGACACUCCACCACAGAGGCUACCUAACCCAGUGAAGGCAAGGUAUGCAGUAGAGAUGGAGAUUAUGAAGACAUAUGACGUCCAGAGGAUACAACAGAUCACCGGUAUCCCUGGCAACGAGAAAUGCUGCGAUUGUGGAGCGACCGAUCCGAGGUGGUCGAGUAUGAACCUCGGGAUAACGUUAUGUAUAGAAUGCUCGGGGAUUCAUCGGAGUUUUGGUGUCCACAAAUCCAAGGUGAGAUCAUUGACCUUGGACGCCUGGGAGCCCGAACAGCUCAAGGUGAUGGCCGAGUUAGGGAAUGAUGUAGUGAAUAGCAUUUAUGAAGCACACGUGGACGAGAGCAUAGCCAAACGAGCUUCGCCUCAAUGUAAUAGAGAUAUACGCGAAGCUUGGAUUAAGGCAAAAUACUUAACGAAAGCAUUUCUUCAGACGCUACCAGAUAAGGGUACGGAGCAGACAGGGUCGGCAAAACACUGGAGCGUCUCUAGGCGGAAGCGGCGGUUGUGGAAAGGAAAGACGCCAACACCAGAUAAGGAUUCAACAGAAUUGACAGUGCCUAGCAAGGGGAAGGAUACUUUGAGCGUAGUACAAGGAGCCAGCCAGGACAGUGGCCUAGGGGGCAGCACUCAAGAUGUCAUCGUGUUUGGGGGCGGGAUACAAAACGAUGACGCUAUUGCACGAAGUAUAGAUCUCAGUUCAGAAGACUCGGCAUCAGAUGUUGACCCGGAUUCCAAAUCCGUCACGUCACUGGAAGAUGUUAGCACACUCGAUCCAGACCGUCUGCUCUAUAAGGCGGCAGACGUUCGCAAUCUUCCUGUCAUGUUAGAGGCUGUGGCAAACGGUGCAAAAUGUAAUUGGGUGAAUGAGAAUGAUGGGGGAAAGACGCCACUUAUCAUGGCUGUACGGAGUGGGUCGUUAGCGGCUAGUGAAUAUCUUAUGCUAAAUGGUGCUAAAGUGGAUACAAAGGAUGGGCGUGGACAGACGCCUCUCCACCACGCUACCCUGAUGGGACACACGGGACAGGUGUGCCAGUUUUUGAAGAGGAAUGCUAACCAGCAUGCAGUUGAUGCUGACGGCAAUGAUCCCUUGAAGAUAGCUGUGAGUUCUGCCAAUGCUGAUAUUGUGACGUUGCUACGCCUUGCCAAAUUGAAUGAAGAGAUGAAGGAGACCGACUGCAUGUACGGCACGCCCGGUGAUGAAACGUUCAAUGAAGUCUUCCGAGAUUUCACGAACAUGGCGUCUGACGAUCCGCAGCGAUUAAAUCGGAAGAAAUACAAGGAUUCAGACGAGCAAUAGCUCUUAAUGUCCUUGUAUGACAAUUCAUUUCAUAACGAUUCAUGAAAAUUCCCAAAAGAAGUAACAUUUUGUGAUUUGUGAUUUGUUUGGAUUCCAAAUUUCUUUUGGUUUUUCCAAUGAAAAAAUAUUUUGGUUUUAUUUUGACAUAUCUCAGUUAUUCACAAAAUCUGCAAAAAGAAAACGCCCGCAAAUAUGCAGAUAUGCUUUCCUUCAAAUCUUUUAGAAUGGAGUUCAGUAAUAGAACUUCUGUACAACAUUAACUGAUCUCAACAUUUGGGUUGUGAAGUGUUUUCAAGGAACAUGCUUGUGUGCCUAGAUGAUGUUUUCAGGCACAGAUCUAAGGGGGGGGGGACGUGCACCAGAUGUACACACCCCUCAUUCAUGAAAAUCUUUGAAAUUGAUCAUAACUUUGGAACACAUCGGAAACUUUUUUUGGAGAAAUAACUCCUGGGUCCACCCCGGUUUCAUUCAUGCAGCACCCAGCUCGACACUAUUUUGUUCAUUACUUCACCGUUAGGAUGUCCAGAUAUCAUUUUAGUAAAGUCGAAUGAAAUUGUUUUGGGAUGGUGGGGUGGGAGUGUAUAGCAGUGCAUAAUAGUGCCACACAUGAAAUCGAAGGCCUCAGUGCAUUGGAUCCUUGGAAAAGGGCCUGCUGCCAUCUAUUUGAAGUUGUUGAUCAGUGUGGAUUUGAGAUGGUGGGACUUUGAAUUUCAUUUGUUAGUAAUUAGGGCCUCAUCAUUAUUGAGUGUGAGGUUGCCAAAAACAAUCUACGAUUUGGUGCUUUAUUCUUAUUGAAACACUGGUCAUAUGAUAGAUGGAUGGAUGGAUGUCAGAAUGACGUCAUUUGUAAACAAUGACAUCCAACUAUUUAAUACUGUUCAUAGUGAUAAUGUCAUAAGGAAGGGAAUAAAUGUGAGAUGGAGGGGGGGGUCACAGUCACACGGUCAGUCCAACAUAAAUAAAAGUAGUCUUGAUUUUGUAAUCAUGAGAUAUAUAUCAGAAGAUACGGACUUUACAAUAAGAUAUAGGAACUUCGAGACGCUGCUGGUAUUGGUAAAGCACCACAUUUAUUAACACCUUCAGUGCCGAACCACUUAGAUCUACGUGGCCCAAAUUCCCCCUUCGAGCUGGUUAUCGGAGUCUCAUGGACUUCAUGAAAGAACUAUGCCAUCGCCAUCUUCAGGGCAAGGUAGGU